AUGGACAAUACCAGAAUGGGCUCCUUUUUGGACUAUGCAAUUUGUAACCGUGGGACUAGUGCCUACUCACCCAGAGGAUACCACCAUUUAGAUCAAGGGACACCAACCUAUCCAGCGUGCCCGGGUACCAGUGACAUUUAUAACGGUGAUGGACGUUUUGUUGUAGGGGGAUCUGGCCCAGUCUCCAACCAGUUUCACCAGCAGAACCACAGCUAUCAUCACCAUCAUCCCUCCAGCGCAAAUUUAGCCUAUGCCAGCUCCAUACCCAGUUACACAUCACAGCCUUGCAACCAAGGAUAUGGGCACCAAGUCUAUGUCAGCCAAGAAGCAGAAGGAGCUUAUUUUCAGAAUCAGCCUUAUCCUGCCAGCACAGCCUCAAACACUGGCUCUCUAUCAGAAGGGUACUGCGGAGCAGUGCCAGGAGCAGUGCAUUUCCAGCAGCACUCCUAUGGCCAGGAGCACCAAGCCUUGCUACAGAGCUACCCCAACCAUUCGCCCCUAUUGCAUGAGGACAAGAACCUCUCCUGCCAGCCUGAGCAGGCAGCAUCCAACCCGACCUUCGACUGGAUGAAAGUGAAGAGGAAUCCGCCAAAGACCACCAAACCAGCGGAUUAUGGACUAACCUCACAACAGAACAGCAUGAGGACCAACUUCACCACCAAGCAGCUAACAGAGCUGGAGAAGGAGUUCCACUUUAACAAGUACCUGACCCGGGCCAGGCGGGUGGAAAUCGCUGCCACACUGGAACUAAACGAGACUCAGGUGAAAAUCUGGUUUCAGAAUCGGAGAAUGAAGCAGAAGAAGAGAGAGAAGGAAGGCUUUACCACUGGGGUCACCAAGGGCUCAUUAAAGGAGAGCAGCGAGGCAUCAGACCUGUCCACCUCUCCUGAUACCUCACCGAACUCUAUGUAA